GUCUGGUUGCCUAUGGCUCGCACUGCAUCGUUGGGAUAGUCUACCCAGGGUCGUUCACCAAUGUGCAGACACUCAACUAUCACCACCACUUUGUGACUACCGUUCAGUGGUCCAAGAGUGCGCGCUUUCACACUCUGUACAGUCCGUCUCGGCUACGCUUGGUUUCCGGCGACACCUCUGGCAAAAUAUGUAUAUUCAACGUCGCUAAAGCUCAAAUGGUCCGGACCUUCCAGGGUCCUAAAAACUGUGUUCAGGUCGCCUGGCACCCAACGGACACCAACUAUGUUGUGUCACUGCACGUGGUCAAUGCCGCGUCGUGCUUCAUUUGUCUCUGGAGUGUCGAGACGGGCAUGAAGGUGUGGAUGACGGAGUUCCAACAGAAGAGUCCAAUGUUAAUCGGAACUGAAUGUGCUAUGGCCAAUUCGUAG